AUGAUGGUUGAGCUUACUAAUACGCAGGCCUUACAAGAAGAAACAGCUUUAGCUGUUGCACCUUUGCUACAGAAUAGACCGGAGCCUUUCCAUUUUACCAAGCACCAUGAUUAUUUAAAGAAAAUGUUAGAACCGCUUCCUAGCUAUUUUUCUGUCUUAGAUGCCUCUAAGGCCUGGAUGGUUUAUUGGGAGCUUAAUUCCUUAGCUGUUGUGAAAAAGUUGGACGGGCCUGUUAGGUCGAGAGCAAUUAGUACUAUUCGUCAAUUACGAGGUGAAAACGGUGGUUUUUGUGGUGGAAACGGUCAACAAGAACAUGUUUUGAGUACUUAUGCAGCUGUACUAAGUAUCUGCUUAUGCGAUUGUGACGAAGCCUUUGCUCUUAUCAACAAAGAAAGGCUACUACAGUGGUUUUUUUCCUUAAAAAACGCUGAUGGAUCUUUUCGCGUGAAUCAAGAAGGCGAGUCUGAUGCUCGUUCAGCCUAUGCAGUUGUUUGUGUUGCGUCCCUUUUGGGACUUCCUAAUGAUCACGAUCUAUUCAAGGGCACUUUAGAAUGGCUUUGCAACUGCCAAACAUAUGAGGGUGGAUUAGCGGGUGUUCCUUAUGCUGAAGCGCAUGGUGGAUACACAUAUUGUGCUUUAGCCGCAAUUGCUUUGUUACAAGGAAUACAGAAAUUGGAUAUUCCAAGUCUUGUAAAAUGGUUAGUGCAAAGGCAGGAUCGUGCUCUUUAUGGCUUUUCUGGAAGAACAAACAAACUUGUGGAUGGCUGCUAUAGCUGGUGGGUAGGCGGAAGCCACCUUAUAUUAGCAUCUGGAUAUGGUAACAGGUCUGAGAAUGUAACACAUGCCUUAUUUUACAAUUCAGACAAACUUCUAAAAUACAUUCUUCAAUGCUGUCAAGGAAAGUCUGGUGGUUUACGUGAUAAGCCUCCCAAACGACCUGAUCAAUACCAUACAUGUUACUGUCUACUAGGGUUGUCUUCUAUAGCUUAUGACUAUAAAGUACAAGAUAAUGAUUGGUUGAUUGAACCUUCUCAACAUUCGACUCUGAAUUUUUUGUUGCCGACUCAUCCCAUUUUUUGUAUACCUUUGGGUUUGGAAAAAAAGAUGCUAUCCUACUUUAAAGCUAUUUAA